AUGGAGCUUACCCUCAGAUGUACACAAGUGUACAUCGAGGAUGAUGGGGCAUGGGUCCUCGCUGGCCUGGGGUUUUCAUGGAAGACACUGUUUUUGAUACGGAACUUUUCAUUGAAGAAGAUUAAAAGUCGGCGUUCAAUAUGGGACAUGGAGUGUGCCGACUACAAAAACAGAGUAUUGAAAAGGACCACGUGGCAUCAGUUGGUGGAAAUAUUCUCAAAAGAAGGUUGCUCAGAGGAGCAAAAGAAAAUUCUUGGGAAUACAUUGCAAAAGAGAUGGAAGAGUCUGCGUGACAAUUUUGCCAGGGAAUUGAGAAAAAGGAAGACUAAAAAAUCUGGAUCUGGAGCAAGCAACUCUACUCCUUACAUUUAUUUUUCAAGACUUAAAUUUUUGGAAAAUACAGUCAAUAACAAAUUGACAACAAGUAACUUGGACGACCAUGAUAAGGAGGAUGUCACCUUGGAGGAGGGAGAAGCGGAUACUGAGGAUCUGACCAUGCCAGAAAAACACUCCGACUUGCCAGUAAGUAACAAAAAAAUUAAGUUGAAUCCAGCUGAUAAACAUUUUUCGGACAUUAUACAAAAAAGUAUUGCAAUGAGGGAACAGAGAGAAGUUGCCAAGAGUAAUGAAGACGAUGACAAAUUAUUUUGCCUUUCUUUGUACAAAGAACUGAAAAAGAUCCCAGAACAUGGUAGAAUUAGAACUAAAAUUCAGUUACUCGAAACCUUACAACGAGCACAAGAUUUCUAUAGCCCAACUCCCACUAAUGAGCUUCCAAGACCUGCACAGUAUCAUCUGCAGCAUCAGAACCAACACUACCAACCCAUGUCGAACAUACAAUAUGAAAAUGAAACAUCAAGAGCUUAUUCAACUCAAGCUCCCCAAACCCGAGUACUACCAGCUGUCUCACCAACAGAGAGUUUUAUUUCUGAUCCGAAUUCCGAAAUAAUGGACUUGUAUUAAUACUUCAGCUUCUCAUGUA